AUACACCACAAAGCUUCCCCCCACUUCGGCGCUUCUCGUGUUUAGGGCUUUUGAUCGAGAUCGCGGUCGGGGCUGAAGCCGCUGCAGAGAAGAAAGCAUGGUGCACGUCUCCUUCUAUAGGAACUAUGGGAAGACUUUUAAGAAACCUCGACGCCCUUAUGAGAAGGAGCGUUUGGAUGCAGAACUUAAACUUGUAGGUGAAUAUGGGCUUCGUUGUAAAAGGGAGCUAUGGAGGGUUCAAUAUGCAUUGAGCCGAAUCCGUAAUAAUGCCAGGAUGCUUUUAACUCUUGACGAAAAGAAUCCCCGUAGGAUUUUUGAGGGAGAGGCCCUGCUUAGGAGGAUGAACAGAUACGGUCUUUUGGAUGAGAGUCAAAACAAGCUCGAUUAUGUCUUGGCUCUUACUGUCGAGAAUUUCCUUGAGCGUCGUCUUCAAACUCUCGUGUUUAAGUCUGGAAUGGCCAAGUCUAUCCACCAUGCCAGAGUGCUCAUCAGACAGAAGCAUAUAAGGGUUGGGAGGCAAGUUGUUAACAUCCCUUCUUUCAUGGUAAGAGUCGAUUCCCAGAAGCACAUAGACUUCUCUCUCACUAGUCCGUUUGGAGGUGGUCGCCCCGGAAGGGUGAAGAGAAAGAACCAGAAGGCAGCUGCCAAGAAGGCCGCAGGUGGUGAUGGAGAUGAAGAAGAUGAAGAUUGAGUUUCUGACUUAAAACUCAUCAUCUGAGACAGUAAAGAUUAGCCAAUGGUCUCAGGUAUCUGAGAUUAACCUUUAUGUCCUAUUUCCUCCUCCAGCUAAACCUAUCGUAAUAUUUUUCACUUAGAGAUCUUGUUUGUUUUUUGGUGGUGGGACUAGUUUUCAAUUUUGGACAAGCUUCUCUUCGGACUUAGUUGACAUAGUUUUCUUGCCAUGAUUGGACUUUUUUACUCAAAAUUCCUCCGCAUCAUGAAUGUAUUGAGUUGAUUUGGUCUAGCUCAGCUUGUUGUAUCUAGAAAUGUGAUCCGUUUCAAGAUUUCAAUGAAUUUUAAUUCCUAGGCU